UGUGUAGUGGGUUUGAGACUAUUAUUGUUCUUGAUCUUUGUUAGUUUCAUUUUGAAUACAUGAAUGCACUAAUAUUCCUUGCCUGAAUUUCUUCCCAUUGUUGUGAAUGAUUUCAGUGAGUCUGCUUAAGAGCUAAUUUUAGAAGUAUAAAUAUAACUGAGCAGCAAUUCUUAAGACUUUACUUUUCAUUUUGCAAAUAGCAUAGAUUUGCAUAUGUGCAUAUUCAGAGGUUAGAAGGGAACUCCAUUUUCCUUGCUUGAACUUCUUUCGAAAGUACUAACUAUUUUUGAAAAAUGGUGUUAAGUUUACGUUUUAAGAAAUUUUGCCAGAAAUUAGACUCUUUUCUGUUUAGUUUCAUUUCAUGUUCCUCUGUAUUUGGUUUAGAAACUGUUGAUUCUUACUCAAGUCGCAAGAUUUACAUCAACCACAAAUGAAUACCUCUAUUAAUGCAGGAAAAUUUGGGGAUUCAUGCCAGGAAGGACAAACUGGGUGUGGUCAGUAGAGGAAGUGAGAGAUCAUAGAGAGAAGAAUGGUGGUGGAGUCCAGCUAAGGUGCAUAUGUGGAAGUGCCAUGUAGAAGAUGCUAGAGAGGGGUUGUGCUCAGGAUCAACAGCCAACAAAGAACCUUUGUGAAAGAUGAAACAUCAAAAAAUCUCACCCUUUUGUCAUUAAGGAGGGGUUGUUGACAUUUUACAUUCAGCUGUUUGCUUCAACUGGAUGACUCAAUUCCAUCUUUAAUUGUGUAAGAAAUUGUUUGAAAUCUGUAUUUAAAAGCAAGGGAAAUGGAGGACAUCUAUAAAGGGUUAGAUGAAGUCAAAGCAGAGAUGAAGAAACUAAAGGCAGAUUACAGAUUUAAAACAGAACUUUCUGAGAGCUUAAAAAGAGCACACAAUGAACUGUUACACAAGUAUCAAGAAGCUAAGAAGCAGAUUGAGAAGCAAGCUCAAAAAUUAAAUGCCAAGUCUGAGGAGAUAUCUGAAGCAAGGAAAAUUCAUGAAGACUUCACAUCUGUCUCGCAUCAAAAAAAAAUUUCUCAUAGGCAUUCGAGGUCUAUGAAUGAAAAACUCCGAGGUGAUUGUGGGCAGAAAUGGCAACAGUUGGAAGGAGAUAUUAGAGUGUGGGUGUUGGCUUUAAAUGAAGUGAUGGCUAGAAACAAAGAAUUGGAGCUCAAUGUUUGUGAAAGGUAUAAGGAGAUUGAGGGCCUUAAAAGACUCUUACUGGUUUCAGAGAGAAAGUGUUUUGAAGCAGAACAAAAGGCUCAAAAAGCCAUUGAACUAAGGCAGAGAGAUGAUAUGAUACUAACAUUGGACAAGACAGACGGAGAUGUUCAAAAUCAGUUGAAAUGGAAGAGUGAGCAGUUUAAACAUCUUGAAGAAGCUUAUAAAGGGUUUCGAGACCAGUUGCUGUUGAGCAAGGAAGAGUGGGAGAAGGGGAAACCAGCAUUGCUAGAAGAUAUCUCAUCAUUGCAGACAAGCUUAGAUUCUCGAACUAGAAUCUUGGAAGGUCUUCAAACACGUUUAGAGACGUGCAACCAAGUAUCUGAUUUCAAGUCAAGUUUUGAUGAUGUCUUCGCCCAGUGUGAAGAAGAGAAGUCAAAGAUCCAGAACCUGACUGUUCAGAGGGAUGAAGAGAUUGCACGGGUAAUAAAUUCAUUGGAAAGAAAAGGAACACUCGCAAAAGAAAUUGAGCUUAGAAUUGUUCACCUAGAGCAAGAGAAUCAGGUCCUCGGAGAAUCUCUCAAAGAACUUCGGGAAGCUCAAAUUAGGAAUGCUGGAGCCACAUCUUCACUAACAACGCUGCUCAACAAGCUGAUAGGCUUGGAGCAGGUACAUAGCAACUUUUCCAAUAAUUUGAAAGCAAAAGAAUCAGAAUGGAUUUUUCUGAUGGAAAACAUGAGAACAUAUGUAGAUAGUUGUAAAUUUGAACUGAAAGAUAAUGAGAAACGAAUACAGGAGCUUCAGAUGGACCUUGAAAAUUGCCAUUCUACGAUUAAGGUUUUGAGCAAAGAGAUUUUUAUGCUAUGCAUGACCUUAAAAUCAGAAAUUUCAGAGGCGUACUCCAAAAUGCUUUAUGCAAAAGCUGAAAUGGAGCUGCAUGACAAAGAGAAGGAAGAUAAAUUUUCCUUUCUUAUAGAGAAGUUAAUUUUGAAUAAAUCUUAUCUUGAUCUUGGGCCAGAAAACAAGGAAUUGGCAUCCUUGGGGGUCGAUUCCUUGGAAUGUAUGCAGGUUUCCAAGAACAACGAGGUUCAAAGGUAUAAGAAAAUGCUUGAGGAAUCAUCUGAAUGCCAACUUCAGUUGAAAAAGCAAGUUCUGCAAAUGGAAAGUGCACUAGAAAAUGAGAAAAGAGGUGCCUUUGAGGCUUUAGAGAAGGCAAAUCUUGAAUUGGCAAUUCAUGAAGCCAGUCUGUUAGAAAAUGAAUUACAGAAUUGGACGUCUGAUGCUGAAAGCCCAAAAGUCUGCCUUGAUGAAAAUCAGGAAACCUAUAAACAACUGGAGACUUCCCUCAUUGCACAGGCCAAGCUUGAGCAAAUGCUUAAGAAUGAGAAAGAAAGCUUAAUCUGCAUUGCCAAAGAGCAAGAGAAAAGAAUUGAAGGUCUUCAGCGACAUAUUUUUUCACUGGGAGCUAAAAUUGCAGCCAAAACUGAGGAAUUGGAAGCCUCCAUAAAGGACAAAGACAGCAUUCUCCUAGUUACUGAAGAGAAGGAAAUUUGCAUAGAAAAUCUUCAGAAAGAUAUUACUUUCCUGAAGCAAGAGUCCAAGAGAAGAGAAGCGGAAGCUGCAGUUCUUGGAAGGCAGGCUGCAGAGAAAGCCUUUGAGGAAAAGAAAGAGAGGCAUUUGCAGAUUAUGAAUGAGAAAGACCAGAUCAUAAAAGAUCUUCAAAUACUGGCUAUUUCAUUGCAACAAGAUCUUGAAAGUGCAGUGAUCUCCUGUUUUCCAGAGCUCAUAGAAAAGCAUGUCCAAAUUGUUGUUCUUGGUGAAGCUAUAAAGAAUACCGAGUAUCUAACAAAGCUUGAGAUUGAAGAGAAGAACAAAAUAAUUGCCAAUUUGGAAAAAGAAACUUGUAAUUUACGACAGAAACUGGCAAAUGAGGAGGAAUAUUUGCUUUGUUCAAGACGAGAGGAGGAGCAGCUUCAAGCAUUACUGGAAACCAACAAGUUGGAAAUUGAAAAGUUAAUGGCUGAGAAGAGGAGCAUGGAGGGCUUAGUUAAAGAGCUCAAGUUUGAAAAGGGAAUUCUGCUUCAAGACAGUAUGAAGUUAUCAAUAGAAAGAGAGGAUCUUUUGGUUCAUAUUCAGGAAAUUUGUGAUCGGAUUGGUGAGUUUUCUUUUGAGGAUGUGAAACUGAUGAAAAAUUUAGGAAGAAUAUUGGAGAAUUCUGUGGAAGAGACUGUAGGAGAAACAGAUUUGAUGGAGGAUGGAGAGCUCUAUGAUUCUACCAGAGAGAAUACAGACACUUGUUUCUUGGCAAAACAAAGAAACCUGAAGCAGGUGGUGAUGAAAGAUUGCCACUAAAAGAGGUCAACCAUUGACAGCUAUAAUUAGGAGAAAAUUUUAUGUCCUGAAGAAUAUGCCACAAGGAGUUGAUAGGUCUCUGGAUGAACAAGAAGCAACACAUUAGUAGAAACUAGAAGGGGUUUUGGUCAUUUCCAUUUCCCCAUAAGACAAACCAAAUUCUGAAGAAAGAAAAAAAAAAUACACGUUGGUAGACGUGUUACAGUUGUUUUCCCUACAAUUUCUAUGCAAGCUGCAAAAUACGUGUGAUCACAUUGACAUGAAAACUAGGUUUGAUGCCCUCAAGGUUGUCCUACAUAUAUUUCACAUAAAGUUUCAAAAUCCCAGUUUCAAAUAUCCAUCAGCAUCCAUGUUCUUCAACUAAAAAAAGAGAGUCCAAACUCCAAAGACAUUCUAAGUGCUAGCAAUUUUUAACACUAGAAAUGAGUCGUAAUAAUAGCCAAAGACAUUUCGACUUGUGGAUUCUUAUUCAUUAGAAAUGAGCUGUCAUAAUAGCCAAAGACAUUUCUGACUUGUUGGUUCUUUAUUCACUUUGCUUUAUUCCGAAGGAACAAUAUUCUCUGUUAUGUGCUUAUGUUUGCUUUAUUCCGAAGGAACAAUAUUCUCUGUCA